AUGGGUAAUGCUUAUGAAACUUACAGAUUUGAUAGUGGUUACUUUGUUCUUUAAACAGAUAAGCCCCAUUACCAUCCAGGAGACAUAGUUAGUGGGAAAAUUUUCAUCAGAUGUAUGAGGCCUGUUGAUGCAAAAUAGAUUGACAUUGAAAUUUAAGGCAAGGAAAAAGGUUCUUGGAUGGAUAUUGAGUAUAUAGAAAUUAUUGAUUCUGAAGGUCUUAGAAGAUUAUAAAAAAAGGAUAUAAAGAGAAAAUAUCGGCGAAAUAUAAUAGAUCAUUCUGGGAUUUUAUUUAAGUUUCCCCCAUAAGGAAUGAUACCAGGAGAUUUUGUAAUUCCUUUUUAGUUUCAACUUCCAUAAGGUGUUCCUGCAACCAUAUUUAUUAAGUAAGAAAAGCAUUCAAAAAAGCUUAAAGGAUUCAUAAAAUAUUACAUUAGAGGAAGCUUGAUCACAGUCAAAGAUAUUCCUGAAAUGGGCUAUAAAUAAGGUCUAGUUGUUAGAGAAAAGCUACAAGAUGAUAAAAUUUAGUCAAGGGUAUAAUAAGGCUUUAAAAUUAAGACUUGGUGCUGCUUGAAUAAAGGAAUUUCAAGUCUCGAAAUAUAACUAAAUCAAAAGAUUUAUGAGCCUGAUGAUAAAAUCAUUAUCGAAGCAUGA